UUCAUGACGUAGAGCGCAUGGAGUGCGGUGUAAGCGAGGGUCGGAGGACGGACACAAACAGAGGCAGCCGGCUUGCUAGCGCGGCGCUUCUCUGUAUAAUAAAUAAGAAAAAAACACUAGCAGAUAAGCGGCUUGCAUGCCAGUCCGUUCGUAUUCCUCAUCAUUCAUCGCAUAUCCGUCACCAAAUAACAAUAAUAAAAUAGCAAGUGAUUUCUUUCUGUUUGUUUGGAGAUCAUCGUGUUGUUGUAUUUCAACGGGGGUCGCUCGCCCUCUUCCUAAUCUCGGGAUCCCGAAUGGAAGCGGCGGCGGCGGAGGGAGCGGCGAGCCCGGCCGAGGCCGGGGAAGCGAGCCCCUCAGCUGGGGCAGUGGCGUUUGAUGACACGGAAACCGUUAUCUUUGCGAUGGACACCUGGGAGACAGACGCUGCUGGUAAAAAGGUGUUCAUUACCGAGAUGUCGUCCUCUUCGGGUCAGCUGGGGUCAGCCCCCGGGAAGAAGAUCGGCCAUCGCGGAGUGGACGCGUCGGGAGAGACCACCUACAAAAAGACCACCUCCUCUGCUCUCAAAGGAGCCAUUCAGCUGGGGAUUGGCUACACUGUGGGGAACCUCAGCUCCAAACCAGAGAGAGAUGUGCUCAUGCAGGACUUCUAUGUUGUCGAAAGCAUUUUCUUUCCCAGCGAGGGCAGCAAUCUGACGCCAGCGCAUCACUUCCCAGACUUCCGCUUCAAGACCUACGCUCCCGUCGCCUUCCGCUACUUCAGAGAGCUGUUCGGCAUCCGGCCCGACGACUACCUGUAUUCUCUGUGCAACGAGCCCCUGAUCGAGCUGUCGAACCCGGGCGCCAGCGGCUCCCUGUUCUACCUCACCAGGGACGACGAGUUCAUCAUCAAGACCGUGAUGCACAAGGAGGCGGAGUUUCUGCAGAAGCUGCUCCCCGGAUACUACAUGAACCUGAACCAGAACCCUCGCACCCUGCUGCCCAAGUUCUACGGGCUGUACUGCAUCCAGUCCGGGGGAAAGAACAUCCGCAUGGUGGUGAUGAACAAUGUCCUGCCGCGCGUCGUCCGAAUGCACCUCAAAUACGACCUCAAGGGCUCCACCUACAAGAGACGUGCCUCCAAGAAGGAGCGGGAGAAGUCCAGCCCCACCUUCAAAGACCUGGACUUCAUGCAGGAACUGCAAGACGGGCUCAUGCUGGACACAGACACCUACAGCGCGCUGGUCAAGACGCUGCAGAGGGACUGCCUGGUGCUGGAGAGCUUUAAGAUCAUGGACUACAGUCUGCUGCUGGGGGUGCACAACCUGGACCAGGCAGAGAGGGAGAGCCAGAGCGAGGGCUCCCAGGGCACCAGUGACGAGAAGAGGCCCCUGGCGCAGAAAGCGCUCUACUCCACCGCCAUGGAGUCUAUCCAGGGAGGAGCGGCCAGGGGCGAGUCCAUCGACACGGACGACACGAUGGGUGGAAUCCCUGCAGUGAAUGGAAAAGGAGAACAGGUGUUGCUCUACGUAGGAAUCAUCGAUAUCCUGCAGUCAUACAGGUUAAUCAAGAAAUUGGAGCAUACCUGGAAGGCGCUGGUCCACGAUGGGGACACAGUAUCAGUGCACAGGCCAAGCUUCUACGCAGACAGGUUUUUUAAGUUCAUGAGCACCACAGUCUUCAGGAAGAACUCCUCGUUGAAGUCUUCUCCCUCCAAGAAAGGGCGGAUAGCGCUGACUGUGCCCAGGUACAGCAGCCCGGGGGCAGCGUUCUCUGCCAGCCAGCUCCUCUCCGAGAGAGAUGAGAACAUCUACGACCUGCGAGGGGUGCGCAGCUUCCCCACGCUGGAGGACGAAGGUCGCUCAGACCUCCUGCCCUGCACGCCUCCGUCCUUCGAAGAAGCAACGACAGCGUCCAUCGCGACGACCCUGUCCUCCACAUCUCUGUCCAUCCCAGAGCGCUCUCCCUCCGACACUUCAGAGCACCCGCGAUACCGGAGGCACACUUCAUCAUCCGGGCACGACGGGAGGUCACACGAGGAGGUGCGCCCGCAUGAGGACGAGCAGCAGCAGCAGCAGAUGAUCACGGUGGAGGUGGAGGUGAAGAGACCCGACAGCGAAGUCGCCAUCAUCCCCGACGCUUCUCCAGAGACCAGCGAGCCAGCGUCGGCGCCAGGGUCGGUACCGCCCAGUCCGAAGGUGGUGGUGGAGCCGGACUGUGCCAGUCAGCUCUCUGAAUCCACCAGCCACGCCUCUGCCGAGGAAGAGGAAGUGCCCGUCACAGACAUCUACUUCUUCUCUGACGGGAGGUACUGGAUCUAUUCCCCCGUCCCACAGCGCAGAUCCAGAUCACACACAGACUCUGCCGUUGGUCCUCCAGAUGACAGGACUUGGGUUUACUCUCCACUUCACUAUAAUUCGCAGGCGCCCCCCGAUUCAGACGGGGAGGGCGAAACAUAAUUCCAAUGCAGAUAGCACGUGAGACGGGUGAAGAGACGGAGGUAUGUUUCUGACGGACUCUGUCGCCUCAGGGAGACUCUUUGACUCUGCGGUGUUUGAAAUCCAGAUCCAAAGGCUUCCGGGGAGAAUCCACCCACCCAUCCACGCACCCUGCUGGUUCUUUAUUACCCCAAAAAUCCCAAAGAAAUUGUGGGGGAAAAAUCCAAUACAAACUAAAUUUAACUAAACCCGUCACCAUGUGUGGGCCAGGGGGGCUGAAUAAGGGGAGGGGGGGGGUGAUCAAAAAAAAAAAAUGAAGAUAAAACGUAUACUUCCAUCAAUCAUCAUGAUUUAGAUAUAUAUGUGUGUAUAUAUGCUUUUAUUUAUGCACUUUCCAAACUGUUUUUAAUGCUGUGAAAUGUUCACUUAUUAUUAUUUUAUUUUCAAGUUGUUUUAUUUUCAUGUAGAAGCUACCUGCAUUGCAAGUGGCUUUUCCUUUAGGAUGUUGCUUUUCGUCUGUUUUUGUAUAUUCCUUGCAUAGAACGGAAGCAGCACCAGUGGUUUGGCGUUUUAUACAAAGUCCUGCCCAAAAGGUAGCCCCCCCCCCCAGCCCCUCCCAGUAAAGAAUCUGCUGUGAUCGAGUGAAGUAGCCCGAUCGAUCACGUGACACGAGGACUGUAUAAUCACAGAGCACUUCAUCAUACCCUGGCAGAGGGGGCAGUUCUGAUGAAAAUGCUCUACAUCUUUCACAAUAAGGAUGAGUACAACCAAGACAGCAGCGCCCCUGUCCGUGGACGCAGAGGGGUCAGGUUCGACCGCUUUGAUGAGAACAGCAGGACAUCUGCUUGGCCUGUCCGAUCCUCAGACGACAAUCAAGAUGCUAAAAUAGAGGAUCAGCAUGAAGCGAGCCUCAGCCUUCCACGCAGCUAUGAAGAGACCUUCCCACAUCUUGUAGACUCGGAGGCUAUUAUUAAUGACCAAAGAGAUGGGGGUGGAUGCUAAUAUUUAGGCAGGGCGGUGUAUAUGUUUACCUGUGCUUCUAAUACAGGACUACUAAAAAGAUAAUAUGGGGGAGGGAUUGAGGCUUGGUGGUUAAACUGUAAAUGAAUUUGUGCAUCUGACCCUGUCUCUUAUGGCAUCUGUCAGUGAUGUGGAAGUCUUCUGUCACCCAAUUGUAUAGCAAUUCUGUGCAUGCCUGGCUUCCCCACACGAGGUCGGGUCAAUGUCACAUUCCUGUUCCGGAUGUGCAAGCGUUUACGGCAGGUCACGCUGACCUGACUUGAACACUAGUAGUGUAUUAACCUCUAACUCUAAAAGUGCACCGCGCACAGCCAGUGUUCUGGGGCAGGCGUUUCAUUAAAGACUCCUGUGCAGAAUUGUAUGUGAAUGUGUCAUGGUUGGAUUGGUGGGUCAGUAAGGAGCAGAGGUGAUGGGUCUCGUUCAGUGCUUAUUGUAUACGUCUAACCUGAACUCAGAGCUGUGCAGCUGGUUCAGAUUGGCUUCACCUUUUCUCUCCUUGUUUAUAAGCUCUACUGUACGUCUCAGUGAAGAGAAGUCCUGUGUUCUCCUAAAAACAUGAAAGCCACACUGCAUACUUUGAUUCUGUUUAACCUGAGAAAAUACAACACAAAGCAAACAGUUGCAAUCCAAUACAGAUUCCCAAAUCCUGCAUCUCAAAGACACAGGAAAUCCCGGAGAAGCUUGUAGGACCGGUUUUAAAAAAAAAAAAAAAAAAAAAAAAAACCCUUCUCUAAUUAUUAUUCUCAUUGUUCUGCUGUUUAACAGUAAGUGCCCUGUUUUAUAAGCAAUCCCCUCCAUUUCCUAAGAAAGAAACAACACAGUAAUAAAGCUAGCAUUUAACCACUGUUGCAAAUUCACUUUUGAAUCUCCCCCCCAGACACGCAUACUGUGCCUUCCUUUCCCUGGACUUACCAGUUUGUUUAAGUCAGCAUCCACUUUUGGGCUCAGUUCCACAGCAACGCUCCAAUGGAAAAGAAAAACACUGGUGCUUCCAGUUCAUGCUCCCUCUGCAUGCAAAGUCACGCUACUCUACAGAAUACACUAGAGGUCUGGACACCAGUGCUACCAAUUCCCAGCACUUUGUGGGAUUUCUGCAGUGCAGGUAAAAUCCUGUCUUUGAAACAUGCAUUAUAUUAACAGAGCAGGACGGAUAGUUAGCAGCUUCCAAAUCCUCCGAUGUCAGUGUAAUGUGCAUGUGGGUAUGGCAUCACUGUACACAUGUGUAUUGGUUUGUUUGCUCUGUUAUACUGGCGUGGUGUGAAAUAUCCUGAAGGUGGUAUGCCAGGUUCACAAGUGAUUUCCUUUGUUCACUGAUUCAGGAUUCAAAUGAGAAAUAUGGAUGCCAUCUGCUUGAUGUCACUACAUGAAUCAAAAUCUUUUUUAUUUAUUUUUUGACUUGUAAACAGAAAAAUAAUAAUGUCAAGUGUUGUGAGUUAUGAAGAUGUGCAGUGGCCAGUAUACUUAGUUGCUGUAUUUAAAAAAAUAAUUAAUUAAUUAAUAAUUU